AGGCCGUACGAGAUUACAGAGUGGGAGGGCUGCAUGGAGAGAAGACAAAACAAAAGCCACACAUUUCAACCAACAGGCGCUGGUCGCUUUUUAUUUUUUGUAAAUCAAAACACAUUUGAUCAAUUAUUCGUAUCAAUUAUCGUGUAAAAACAACAACAACAUUAUUUUGCAUCAUGCCUAGUAGCACGUCUUUGCUGGAGGCCGACGAGGGAGAGUCCGAGGUCCCGCCGCCGCUAGAGCACGCUUUCGCCGGUAUGGGCCUCGAGGAGCACCACGGCACCCAGAGCCAGACCCCCGAACAAGCAGACGAGAACCUCUCCUUUCACCACCACCACCACCACCAUAACCACCACCACCACCAGCUCCCCGCGGUUCCUCAUUUCAACCUCCUCGGUACGGUCCUGGACCUGAAGCCCCUGCCGCUGCACCGGCCGCCCUCGGGAGAUGAAGUGAACAUCACGGCAGCGCCCGAAGACGAGGAGCCCGAAGUUGGAGCCGACUCCUCGGUCUGCGGCGGUAGCUUGUUGUUAGCGCAGGCCCACCUCCACCGACACCUCCCAUCGGUGCCGGUUGGCUCCGGGAUGCCGUCCGGGAUGGAGCCGCCGCACGUCGAGACGGUGUUGCUGUACAACGGGGACGAGCGGGAUGAUACGGUUGUCGGCGGCAGCGCCCUACCACCGGCUAGCAGCAUGGCGAUGCUACCGUCCGGCGUGUACGGGGAGUCGGGCUACGAGGCCGAGCCUUCGCUGUUGAGUCGGCGAAAGAGCGUCAACACCACCGAGUGUGUGGCCGUGCCGAGCUCCGAGCACGUCGCGGAGAUUGUGGGCAGGCAGGGCUGCAAGAUUAAGGCACUUCGAGCCAAGACCAACACCUACAUUAAGACACCGGUGAGGGGAGAGCAGCCUGUCUUUGUUGUGACAGGGCGCAAAGAAGAUGUGGCCAUGGCUAAGAGGGAGAUCCUGUCUGCAGCUGAGCACUUCUCCCUCAUCAGAGCCUCUCGAAACAAGACGGGCCCUCUGUCAGCUGCGACCGGCCCAGGAACCCCCUCUCUACCUGGACAGACGACCAUUCAGGUGCGGGUGCCGUAUCGUGUUGUAGGGCUGGUCGUGGGUCCCAAAGGGGCAACCAUCAAACGUAUUCAGCAACAGACCCACACGUACAUUGUAACACCGAGUCGUGACAAAGAGCCGGUGUUCGAGGUCACUGGGAUGCCGGAGAACGUGGACCGGGCGAAGGAUGAGAUAGAGGCGCACAUUGCCCUCCGCACAGGCACCUGCGGAGGGAUUGAGGCUCCUGGUGUGGACAACAAUGACUUUCAAUUCAACGGGACAGACGUCAGCUUUGAGACUUCUGCGAUGCCAGUGGGGAUGGGGGAGGCUGGGUGGCUUCAUGCUGGUGCAUCAUCACCGGGUGGCGGUGGCUUGCUGCCAAUGAGCAUCAACGGUACUCAGCGAAUCAAUAGCAAUAUUAACAGUGGUGUCAGGAUGUCUUCCACCUACCGCAACGACAGCUCCAGUUCCCUCGGCAGUGGCUCCAGCUCAGCUGAUUCUUUCCCUGGCAGUGGGAAUGGUAACCGGAUGGCAGAUUUCAGCCCGACCUGUGCGUUUAACGCCAACGCUAACAACAACAACAGUAAUGGCGGCACCGCGAGUUUCUGGUUUGGCGACGGCCUUCUUCCUGUGGGGUCUGAGGAGCUCGUCACCCUGGGAGGUGGAGGCUCUCCGUCAGGAUUUGACCCGUUGACCAUCUCCACUGCCCAAGCCCCGCACCCUGGUGCACAGCCGCAAGUCUGGAGCCCCUUUGUGGACCACCAACCCCCCCAGGCCUUUGAUUCUCGCCAGUCUCAGACCAGUCAGCCUGGGACUCCCCGGCUCUCUCCAACCUUCUCUGGGACAGAAGCCUUGGAGCACCCUCAGGCCCAGCGUGUUCACCGAGGGCCCCUCGUCUCGGCUGGGACCCUCGAUGCCCACAGGUUCCCCUCCUACAGCUCGGCCUUCUCCUCCUCCAGUGAAAGCACCGCUUCCUCUUCCUCUCCACCCGAAUCCUCCCUUUCCUAUCGACCGGGGCUUGGAUCAGCAGUGAGAGGACAGGAGAUCUGUAUCCACUGUAUGGAUAACCAGGUGAUCGCUGCCUUGGUUCCCUGCGGCCAUAACCUCUUCUGUCUAGAUUGUGCCACCAACAUAUGCCAGGGUCCAGAUGCCGUCUGCCCUGUGUGCCUGUCCCCGGCCACACAGGCCAUUCAGCUCCGCAAUAUGUGAUUUUAAUCCAUUUACCUUGACGGCUGAUGAGGGAUCAGCAUCCCCGACUCUUUCAACUCAUAACAUGUCUGGGGAAAUUACAAAACUGACCCCAAAUCAGUAUCUAGGUAUGUCCUCAUCCCGGUUUUGUCCAAGCUGGUGUUUGGUUGACAAAGGUGAGGACGAAUAGGUGAAUAAGGAAUGAUCUGUAUUUAGGGCAUGGGUAAGGGUGUGCAGCCCGUUCAUGUGCCUGCUAUUGUGAAGUCUUCUUCCUUGAUUGAUUUGAUCAAUGGGAGGGUUGGAAACCCUCUGUGUAGCAUUGGGUGGGGUGGGAUAUAUAUAUAUAUAUAUAUAUUUUUUUUUUGCUCAUCAUGAUUUUUGAUUUACAUUUUCUUCUCCCUGAAAUAUCUAGUUAUCAGUUUCUGCCUACCUAUAUUUUAUUACAUUUUUAAUGUACUUAUUAGAUACAUGAUGUUGGCUUUUGGGUCAGAGUUUAUUUUUUUUUGUCUACAUCUCAAAAGUUUUAUCCAUUUUUACAUAUUUCUUUUGCUGCUACAUUUGUUUUUAUGUGCUGAAAUAUGGCCCCACCCCUUUGCCUCUCUAUUAUUGUGCUCACAGCAGCAAAUUUUAAAGGAAAAAAGAUGAGGUGAGCAUGUUUACAUAUAGUGAGUCCCACAUAUGAAUAUGUAUAAAUUUAUAGUAUUCUUAACCACAGAAUUUGAAUGCCUGCUGUAGUAAAUUGGAUAUAAUGUACACAUACCACACUAUCCAGGCACUACUUUUUAACAGCAUAUGAUUUUAACAUGUGCCAGAUCCUAAAUUAGAAUUUUUAAAGCAUCGCAGAUAUUAAUAGCAUAUUGAUACCCAUACAAAAACACCCACAGAGGGUUUUUUAAACUAAGUUGGUCAAAAGAUGUCACACUCCAAUGGCAACCUCUUGUUGCCCCGGGUCUCUUUCUUCCCAGAUUAGAACCAACAAGUGGGCAACUCCUUUUUGUACCAGGAUGUUACACCACUUCAGUAUCGCCACGUUGCUUUCCAUUUCUACUUAAAAAAAAAAAAAAAUGUUUACGGUUAACUUGUGCCUAAUUCCGUUCUGAGUAAACAAAAGGAAACAACUGGUUCAGCGGACACAGUGUUGCUCUGUCUUAAAACAAACUUGUGGCCUUUUUUGGAAAGCCUGUAAUUAACUGACAACACUAUCUACAAAUCCAGAUUUUGGCUCAAAAGAACACAAGCUGACAGACUGAAGUCUUAAUGUAUUUCUUGAAGUUCAAUCUCCUAAAUGAAUCUCGGUGGAACAAAGGUUAUAUCACAGGGAUGUUUUCUUUUGCUUCCUAUUUUGUUGAGCCUAUUUACCGCCUAUUGCUUUAUCUUUUUAGCAACAAACACUCCCAUUUAAUUCAUUUGUUUUCAUAUUUCUUCCUGCUUUUUUUUCCCCCUGCCUUUUUUUUGUUGUUUAUAUGUCGAUUUACAUCCAUGUGCUGGUUUUCAGCUAGAACGAUGUGCACAGCUCGUACCUUUGGUAAACAUUCCUCCUCUCCUUUAUUGCAGACACUUUAGUAGAUGUUAGUAGUAUGGCUACAUAAUAGUUAAACCUCACCUGGGAGCAAAAAGAGCUGAUAUUCUUUGAAACCUCUACUAUGAAGACAGCUGUGAUCUGAAACGAAUCCCCGUACUGUACAGACGACCUGCUGAUUUUAGUUCAGCCAUCUCAAUAGCACCCUUUUCUUUCACCUGAACUGCUCCACCCUGUGGCCGUCUCGUUGCAGCCAUUUUGUGUCCUUGUUGGUAAGCAGUCAGCAAAAUAAUUCCGUUGGGAUGCAAAAUUGAGACGAAGGCCACCCAUGGCUUUACUCCAUUUUUAUUUAAUCCCACGUCAUUUACCAGGCCUAUGCAAAAAUCGUCUCAGUAUGUUAACUAUCGAGGACGCGCUAGAUAAAUUAAACUCCUCUGGUUUUAAUUACAGAGCUCAAUCUUGAGCUUUGACUUGUAGACAGACAUAUCACGUCUGCUUUUUCUACUACAUUUCAGUCGGGGGUCAGCCUUGCAUCGAUGAGAUGUUUCAAUGGUACACACUUUUGAUUUUCAUGUUUCAUCAGCUCAUUUUCUUUUGUCCUGUGCUCUACUAAGCAUAGAUCCCCCCCCCAAUAUCACACUAUUGACCAGACUGGACUCCACACAACAUUCUGACCUUUUAUUUUAUUUCACCCCCUUUCAAUGUGUGCAUCUGUCCGUUCCUCCGCCUGAAAAGUGAAGACAAGGUACAAAUUGGUGGAAAUCAUCUCAAAUCUUAGCUUUAAACACCAGUGUCUCUAUCUAGACUUUUUUUUACAGGAUUGAAUGAGUUGACGGACAUUUCAAAAAAAGGGGAAGCAGCUGGAAUAAUUUCAUCUCUUCGUCAAGGUCAAUACUGUUGCUUUACUGUGUGGACAUUGGACUGCAGUUCCUCUUAGCAUUCCAGCUGUAAACAGUAUUUGGGUGUUAUUCCAUCGCUUAGCUCCGUUUCCCUAAUAUCGCCUCUUUCAUGGAUGAGUGAGCUUUCUUGAGGAAAUGGAACCAACGAGUCCCAAAAGUGCAAAAAAAAGUGCUUCUGCCCCCCUCUGGUCUUCUCUCCGUCCUUUUUAUUUUACGUCUCUCAGAUCUACGAAGGGUCGAUCUCUCUUUGCUCUCUUCCUCUGAGGGAAUGCAAUACAGUGUCAGCCCUCAGUUUAUUGACAUGAAUCUAAUGACAUUUUUGUGUAUGUAUCAUAUAAUAUUACUGUUAAUGACUGAUAAAUAUACAGAAUUAUUUUUAUUUUGUUACAUUUCAUAUAUAUACAUAAAUAUAUCUAUAUUAAAAUGUUUACAAUAAGAUUUUUAAAUUUUGUUUUUUACUUUUUCUCCGAGUGAUUUAAGUGAAUGAAGAGUUGGAAACCCAGAAAUGUUGCAGGAGGGUGUCAAUGCUAUCUGCUUGUAGUCUAGUUAUUAGUUUACAGUAUUGAUGAUAAUAGUAUUGAUAGCUGCCGUUAACCUAGUGGAAAAUGGAAUGUGCAUCACAAGCAUGUCUUCAUAAUGUACCGCCAAUGUAAAACGUCACACUGCAACUGUAUAAAGGCCAAGGAUUCAAGCUGCCUGUCAUGUCUGUACGCCACCAAAUUAAGAACGGUAUACUGUAAAAUGUAUCUUAGAUUAUCUAUAUAUAAAUACAUAUAUUGUUAAGCUGUACCAACAGUUCAAAGUAUUUGCUAAUUUUACUACACUUUUGUUUUGUAUAUGUAGGGGGAGUCUUAUGGCAUAUAAAUUCUUCAAAUUGAGUCAGGAGUUUAAAAGCAGACUAUAUUUUAUAACGGCCUUUUAAGUUAUUGCGGCCAAAGCACUGAUAUUAUAUAUUUGCUGUAAAGAGAAUUUAAGAGUUUUAUUUUUCUGAUAUUAAAGUUACUUAAUAAAGACGGUUUCAUUUAAA